GCCGCGGGUGCCGGGGCCGGAGGCAUGGCGGGGGCGGGGCUGGGGGAGGCGCGUGCCGAGCAGGCCGGGGGGUUCUUCUCCCCGGCCCUUUGAACGAGGACCGUACAGAGAUGUGAUAAUGGAUCAUCAUGUUUCCACUAUCAAACCUCGAAGAAUCCAGAACCAAAAUGUCAUUCACCGCUUGGAACGGCGGCGAAUCGGCUCAGGCAAGGCCGGCACCCACUGGCAUCAGGUCCGAGUGUUCCACCAGAAUGUCUUCCCCAACUUCACGGUCGUCAAUGUGGAAAAGCCGCCGUGUUUCUUGCGUAAAUUCUCGCCUGAUGGGCGCUACUUUAUUGCUUUCUCUUCAGACCAGACCUCUCUUGAGAUCUACGAGUACCAGGGCUGCCAGGCAGCUGAGGACUUACUGCAGGGCUCUGAGGGGGAGAUCCUGUCCAAUGGCAACGACCAGCGGUCGGUCAACAUCCGCGGCCGGCUCUUCGAACGCUUUUUUGUCCUGCUGCAUAUUACCAACGUGGCCGCCAACGGGGAGCACCUGAACCGGGAGUGCAGCCUCUUCACCGACGACUGCCGCUGUGUCAUCGUGGGCUCAGCUGCCUACCUCCCGGAUGAGCCGCACCCCCCUUUUUACGAGGUUUACCGGAACAGCGAGUCUGUGACCCCCAACCCCCGGUCCCCCCUGGAGGACUAUUCCCUUCACAUCAUCGACCUUCACACGGGCCGCCUGUGUGACACCCGCACCUUCAAGUGUGACAAGGUGGUCCUGUCGCACAACCAAGGGCUGUACUUGUACAAAAACAUCCUGGCCAUCUUGUCGGUGCAGCAGCAGACCAUCCACGUCUUCCAGGUGACUCCUGAAGGCACUUUCAUUGAUGUGAGGACCAUCGGCCGCUUCUGCUAUGAGGAUGACCUCCUCACGGUGUCGGCCGUUUUCCCGGAGGUGCAGCGGGACAGUCAGACGGGCAUGGCCAAUCCUUUCAGAGACCCCUUCAUCAACUCCCUGAAACACCGGCUGCUCGUGUACCUGUGGCGCCGGGCAGAGCAGGAUGGGAGCGCGAUGGCCAAGAGGCGCUUCUUCCAAUAUUUUGACCAGCUGCGACAGCUGCGCAUGUGGAAAAUGCAGCUUCUGGAUGAAAACCAUCUGUUUAUCAAGUACACCAGUGAGGACGUGGUAACCCUGCGGGUCACAGACCCAUCACAGGCAUCUUUCUUCGUGGUAUACAAUAUGGUGACAACAGAGGUGAUUGCCGUGUUUGAGAAUACAUCAGAUGAGCUUCUAGAGCUCUUUGAGAACUUCUGUGACCUCUUCCGUAAUGCUACCCUCCAUAGUGAAGUCCAAUUUCCCUGCUCAGCUUCCAGCAACAAUUUUGCAAGGCAGAUCCAGCGCCGGUUUAAAGACACUAUUGUAAAUGCCAAGUAUGGAGGCCACACGGAGGCAGUGCGCCGGCUGCUGGGUCAGCUACCCAUCAGUGCCCAGUCUUACAGCGGGAGCCCCUACCUUGAUUUGUCUCUCUUCAGCUACGAUGACAAGUGGGUAUCUGUCAUGGAGCGACCCAAGACUUGCGGAGAUCAUCCUAUCAGGUUUUAUGCCCGGGACUCUGGUCUGCUCAAGUUUGAGAUCCAGGCAGGCUUACUGGGUCGCCCCAUCAACCACACCGUGCGACGCCUUGUUGCCUUCACCUUUCACCCUUUUGAGCCUUUUGCUAUUUCAGUGCAGAGGACUAAUGCUGAGUAUGUUGUCAACUUCCAUAUGCGACACUGCUGCACGUAGGUGCCUCACCAAAGCCCAGUUAUCUGGUCUUCCAAGACAUUGCCCCCUGUUUGUCUUGGUGGACUCCGAAGCAGAAGCUCCUGGCUGCAGCUUUGUCGGAUCCAGACUGUUGUA